UGCCGCCGGAGGUUGACAGGUCUAGGCAGGGAGGCGGCGGCGGCAGAGCCGGACGCCCGAGACGGAGACCCCAUGGGGAACGCUCCGAGUCACAGCAGCGAAGACGAAGCGGCCGCCGCCGGGGGCGAGGGCUGGGGCCCGCACCGGGACUGGGCCGCAGACUCGGGCGCGACCCCCGGCCCGGGCCCCGCGGCGCCCGGGCUGCCGCCCGCCGCGGCACUGCUGGAGCCGGCCCGGCUGCGGGAGGCGGCGGCGGCGUUGCGGCCCACGCCGCCCUGCGAGUCCCUGGUGUCCAGGCACCACGGCGCGCUGCUGCGCUGGCUGGAGGAGCGGCUGGGCCGCGGCGAAGAGUCCGUCACCUUGGAGCAGUUCCGGGAGCUGCUGGAGGCUCGUGGCGCCGGCUGCUCGGGCGAGCAGUUCGAGGAGGCCUUUGCCCAGUUUGAUGCCGAGGGCGAUGGUACAGUCGAUGCUGAGAACAUGCUGGAGGCCCUCAAGAAUUCCAGCGGAGCUAAUCUCCAGGGGGAGCUAAGCCACAUCAUCAGGCAGCUGCAGGCCUGUUCUCUUGUCCCGGGUUUCAUAGACAUAUUUUCAGAGUCCAAGGAGGGCCUGGGUGUUCACGCGUCCCUGAUCCUGCGUUUCCUGCACCGCAAUCGGCUCUCUGGCAUGUCCGUCCCCUGCCCCAUGUUGGACCACUGCAAUAACAUGUGCUCUAUGCGGGCCUCGGUUCUGAAGGAGUCCCUGGACCAGCUGGCACAGAAGGAGAGGGAAAGCCCUGGUGAUCUCGCUAGGAGCCCAGAGAUGGAUAGACUCAAGUCGGUGGCAAAAUGCUAUGCUUACAUAGAGACGUCCUCCAACCCCGCGGACAUCGACAAGAUGACAAAUGGGGACACGUCGUCGUACUGGCAGUCGGAUGGCAGCGCCCGCUCACACUGGAUCCGCUUAAAAAUGAAGCCAGACGUUGUGCUUAGGCACCUGUCCAUCGCAGUGGCUGCCACUGACCAGAGCUACAUGCCGCAGCAGGUGACCGUGGCCGUGGGGAGAAGUGCCGGCGAACUUCAGGACGUCCGCGACGUGCACAUUCCCAGCAACGUCACCGGCUACGUGACGCUACUGGACAACGCCAACAUCAGCCAGCUCUAUGUCCAGAUUAACAUAAAACGUUGUCUUAGCGAUGGAUGUGACACUAGAAUUCAUGGUCUGAGGGCUGUUGGCUUUCAGCGAGUUAAGAAGUCUGGGGUCUCAGUGUCAGAUGCUUCUGCGAUCUGGUACUGGUCUCUGCUGACAUCUCUGGUGACGGCGUCCAUGGAGACAAAUCCCGCCUUCGUCCAGACAGUGCUGCACAACACUCAGAAAGCGCUGCAGCACAUGCCUCCACUGUCCCUUUCCCCAGGAUCUACGGACUUCUCGACCUUCCUGUCUCCCAACGUGCUUGAAGAAGUGGACAGCUUCCUCAUGAGGAUAACCAGCUGCCGUUCGAGUCCAGAGGUGGAGCUGACUCUCCUGGCUUUUGCACUAGCACGAGGAAGUGUUGCCAAGGUGCUGAGCUCUCUGUGUGCCAUCACUGACCACCUCGACACGCGCUAUGAUGCCUCGUCCCUCAUCUCCUCCAUGGCAUCGGUCAGGCAGAACCUGCUCCUCAAAUACGGGAAACCUCUCCAGUUGACCCUUCAGGCCUGUGAUGUCAAAGGGAAGGAAGAGAAAUCAGGGCCUGAAAACCUCCUCGUCGAGCCGUGGACUAGAGAUGGGUUUCUUACAGAAACUGGAAAAACCAGAGCAAGUACCAUUUUUUCUACAGGAGCUGAAUCUGCCUUCCAAGUCACACAGAUCAGAGUUAUGGUUCGACGUGGUGGCAUCGGUGCCCAGUGCGGGUUGGUGUUUGCCUAUAACUCAUCUUCUGAGAAAUUUCAUGCGGAAGAACACUUCAAAAGGUUUGAAAAAUAUGACCAAUGGAAGCUCCAGGAAUUCAGGCAAUUUGUAAAAAGCAGGGCCGGUUGCUCGCCUGAUGACCUUGGAGAGGAAGACCCUGUUGGCUGGUUUGAGCUUGAAGAGGAGUGGGAUGAAGCGGAUGUGAAGUUGCAGCAGUGCAGAGUUGCCAAAUAUCUGAUGGUGAAGUUCCUCUGCACCCGCCAGGAGUCGGCAGAGCGCUUGGGCGUGCAGGGCCUCAGCGUCAGCGGGCACCUCCGGCCGGCGCGGACGGGGGCAGAACAGCUCGUCGUCUGCUCCCGCUGCAGAAAGGACACAGAGGACGGCGUCUGUGGGGCCACACUGCUUCUCAGGACCCUUCAAUUCAUUCAGCAGCUCGCCCAUGACCUGGUGCAGCAGAAGGAAAGUGGCUUAAAAUAUAAACCUUUCCUGGACUUCGCGGGUCUUGAUUUGCAGAUCUUCUGGAAUUUUUACAGUAAAUUAAAGCAAAACCCGAGGGAAGAGUGCGUCUGUGCCCAAACCUUGCUUCUGCGCCUCCUGCAGAGCUGUUUCUCCGAGCUGCAGAGCGACGGGCCGGCCGCCGCUCAGGACGCAAAGGCUCCCCGGCAGAGCCCUGGAGCGGCGGGGGCCGCCACGGAGCUCCACGCGCACUUGUGUGACGUGGUGGAUAGGCUGGAUGGAGACUCUGUGCCCAUGGAAACGUUAAAACAAGAAGUCAGGAACACUCUUCUCACCGGGGCCGCCGUCUUCUUUCCUGAUCGACAGACCCGGCGGAGCCACCUCUUUGCCAUGAUGAAGAAUGUCACCGAGCAGGAGCACAAGCAGUCUCUGCAGCUCACCUUCCAGUCACUCUGCACAUAUUUUAGUGAUAAGGAUCCAGGUGGCCUUCUCCUCUUGCCCGAGAAAGGGGACGUGGCUGACACGAACAGCAGCGAAGUGCUGGCGGUCAUGAGCAUCCUCCUGUCCGUCGCCGCUCGAGAGUGCGAGCUGUUGGUGCUCAGUGGGACCCACGGGGAGGCUGGCUCUGUGCUCUUCUCCCUGUUCUGGGCCGUCCAAGGCAGUCUGCUGUCCUGGUGCCACCUGCAGCUGAGGAGCACGGACUCUGCAGCCCGAGAGCUCGCCGCGGACCUUCUCGACCAGUAUGUGGGACAGUUUCUGGCAAGCUUGAGAGUGAUUUUGGAAUCCCUUUUGUCACAGUAUACUGGAAAAACCCUUGUAGAAAAACUAUGUAAUUCGGUGUUUUCGAUGGCAGCUCGUCAACUGGUCAUCUUUCUCCUGGACUUCUGUACUCUGGACAUUUCACACUGCGCACUCCUGAGAGAGUUCAGCACGCUUCCGGAACUGUUGAAGCAGCUGUGCAGUGACCCCGAAGGAGGACCGAAUACGCUCGAUGUGGACACUUGGCCGCAGGAGCACCCUGUGGUGCUGCACACGUGGACAAAGGAGUCUGCACACAACUAUGGGAACAACUGCCAUGAGGUGUCCGUCUUCGUGAGCCCGGGCGCUACCUGCUUUGAGGUGGAAUUUGAUGAGCGGUGUGAGACCGAGAAGCGGUACGACUAUCUGGAAUUUACCGACGCUAGAGGUGGAAAAACACGCUAUGACACCAAAGUUGGCACUGACAAGUGGCCCAAGAAAGUGACCUUUAAGGCUGGCCCACGGCUCCAGUUCCUCUUUCACUCUGACAGCAGUAACAAUGAAUGGGGCUACAAGUUCACGGUCACGGCUUACGGCCUGCCUGAUGUGGCCGUGUCGUGGGCAUCGGAUUUACAGCUGCUUGUUUCCCGGCUGCUGGGACGCCUCGCUGCCCAGUGCAUGGCGCUCAAGUCCACGCACCAGUUAGGGGGCGACGUGGCCGUGCCCCCGGCCAAAGUGGCGGCGGUCCUGAACUCCCCGCUGUGGAAACCGGUCUUCCGGCAUCAGCUGCGCCUGGAGCUGGGAUUUGCAGCGCGCUGGCCCACUCACCCGCACCAGGAUGGGGAGGAGGUUACGUGCGUCUCCGAGGACCCCUGCUGCCGUCUUCUUCUUGAGUUUGCACAGGCAGACGCUGCCCCGAGCUCCUAUGGGCCACUGUCAGAACUGUGCAAGGGACUCACACAGGCAUGUAGAAAACAGGCCCCAAAGACAGAUAGAGUUGCUGGUUCCACUAUUGAUCAAGCUGUGAACGCCACCUUUGCUGCUCUGGUGUGUCGUACUCCAGACUUAUAUGAGAAGCUGCAGAAAUAUGUACAAAGUGGGGGCCACACAGCCCUGAGCGAGGAGUUUGCACAGGUGUACUGCCUGGCGGAUGGGAUUCGAAUAUGGAUGCUAGAGAUGAAGCAGAAGUCCCUGAUGAGCCUGGGGAGUGAGGUGGAAGGAAGGCACAGGUCAGAGGCUGCCGAGCUGAACCCCGAGAUCCUGGCAAGAGAGUGUAUUCAGAAGAGUCUCCUGUUACUAAGAUUUUUGCCUGUGGGAGUGAGUUCAGAAGAAAGCUGUGCCAAGUUGGUGGCCACAGAUGACGUGGAUCACCUGCAGCCACGUGACAGGCGCCCGAGGACGAGCUCUGUGGUAGAGGAGCAUUUCCAGGCCUCACCGUCUCCCCUGGAAGCGGCCACACCUGCCGCGAGGGACGGGGCUCCCGGCUCGGAUGCGCAGCCGCUCCCGCCCCCUGGCAGCGGCCCUUCUGCCUCAGAGGUGCCACCUGCCGCCGCCGCCGAAGAGCCCUCAUCACCUUCCGCUCCCACCCGGCGGCCUCCCUUCACCCGAGGGCGACUCCGGCUGCUCUCCUUCCGGUCCGUGGAGGAGGCCAGACCGGCGCCCACGGUGAAAGAGAAAUACCCGCUGCUGAAGGAUCUCCUGGACUUCAUCAAGGACCAGUCCCUCUCCCACGAGAGUGUUGUGAAGGUUCUCUCCUGGAGGAGAGCGCAGGCGCAGAGCGUGCUCGAGGCCCUGAGGAUCACUCAGUACUGCGCAGAGUCCCUCGGGCAGCCUCACUGCUUCCAGCCGCCGUGCAUACUCUUCCUGCUGGAGCUCCUGAGCUGCCAGAAGGAGUUUACCAACUAUUUUGGACACUUGGAGGGCUGCGGUGCAGAUUUGCACAAAGAGAUCCGAGACACUUACUACCAGUUUGUCCUAUUUUUGGUCAAAGCAGUUAAAGGAUUUAGCAGCAUAAAUGACAGGUCCCUGCUGCCGGCCUUGUCCUGUGUGCAGACAGCCCUGCUUCACCUUCUGGACAUGGGCUGGGAACCCGGCGACCUCGCUUUCUUUGCCGACAUUCAGCUACCCGAUCUCCUCAUGAAAAUGUCACAAGAGAAUAUCAGUGUCCAUGACAGUGCGAUCAGCCAGUGGAGUGAAGAAGAUGAGCUUGCUGAUGCCAAGCAGAACUCAGAAUGGAUGGAUGAGUGUCGGGAUGGCAUGUUUGAGGCCUGGUAUGAAAAAAUAGCCCAGGAAGACCCAGAGAAGCAGAGGAAAAUGCACAUGUUCAUCGCCCGCUACUCUGACCUGCUGCACGUGGACAUCUCCUGCGACGGCUGUGAUGAGAUCGCGCCCUGGCACCGCUACCGGUGUCUGCAGUGCAGCGACAUGGAUCUCUGCACAACCUGCUUCCUAGGUGGGGUGAAGCCCGAGGGCCACGGAGAUGACCACGAGAUGGUCAGCAUGGAGUUUACCUGUGACCAGUGCCAGGGUUUGAUCAUCGGCCGAAGGAUGAACUGCAACGUGUGUGAUGACUUUGAUCUUUGCUACGGGUGCUACAUGGCCAAGAAAUACUCCUAUGGCCAUUUGCCCACCCACAGUGUCACGGCCCAUCCGAUGGUGACCAUCCGGAUCAGCGACCGGCAGAGGCUCAUCCAGCCUUACAUCCACAACUAUGCCUGGCUGCUCUUCGCCGCCCUGGCUCUCUACAGCACCCACCUGGCCAGCGCAGAGGACGUGGGCGGUGAGAGGCCGGAUGCCCGGGCCCGCAGCAGCGCCGCCGCCCUGCGCAGCCAGUGCAUGCAGCUUGUGGGGGACUGUCUGAUGAAGGCUCACCAGGGAAAAGGUCUGAAAGCCCUGGCUCUUCUUGGGGUACUGCCAGAUGGAGACGCGAGGCCGGAAAGUCAGGCCCCGCCCGCCGCUGUGCCCACUCGCACACCAGAGGAGGAGACAGCGAUCCGGGUUGCUGAGGACGCGUCACAUACAGGCCCUUCUGUGCACGGCAGCGGUAAGAGAGAUGGUCACAAGAAGGUCAGACCCCUCGACUGCAAACAGAGGAGUGAGGCAGACGAAGGUGCAUCAAUAGUGAAGGGUCCUUCAUGCCAGACUCAGGCUUCAGACUCGCCUGCAGAUGGUAGCACACCCGGAGGGCUUCCAGAUGCCGACAGUUCAGUCAUGCCAUCUCAGAAGCCCCGCGAGGAGAAGGCAGUUACUCCCAGCCCCGAGCAGGUGUUUGCUGAGUGUUCCCAGAAGAGGAUUUUGGGAUUACUGGCAGCUAUGUUACCUCCCUUAAAGUUGGGCCCCGCCGUCCCUGUGGUAGACCUGGAGCGCGCCCUCCCACUCAUGUUUCAGGUCGUCCUCGCGAACGCGGGCCACCUGAACGAAACCUACCACCUCACGCUGGGCCUUCUCGGCCAGUUAGUCUCCCGCCUCUGGCCAGCAGAGGUGGACGCCGCGGUGGUGAAGGUCCUCUCCGCCAAGCACACCUUGUUCGCAGCAGGGGACAGUCCCGUCGUGCCAGAUGGCUGGAAGACCACCCACCUGCUCGUCAGCCUGGGAGCCGUGUGUCUGGACAGCCGCGUAGGUUUGGACUGGGCCUGCUCCAUGGCGGAGAUCCUGCGGUCCCUCAACAGCGCCCCCCUGUGGCGUGACGUCAUCGCCACGUUCACGGACCACUGCAUCAAGCAGCUGCCUUUCCAGCUGAAGCACACCAACAUCUUCACCCUGCUCGUGCUGGUCGGCUUCCCCCAGGUCCUCUGUGUGGGGACCCGGUGUGUAUAUGUGGAUAAUGCCAAUGAACCACAUAAUGUGAUCAUCUUGAAGCACUUUACUGAGAAGAACAGGGCUGUGGUCGUCGAUGUCAAAACCCGGAAAAGGAAAACAGUGAAGGACUACCAGCUGUCCCAGAAAGGUCCGGAGUGCAGCACGUCUCAGGCCCGGCUCAGCCAGUACUCCCAGCACUUCGCCUUUAUCGCCAGUCACCUCCUGCAGACCAGCAUGGAGAGCCACUGUCCUGAGGCGGUGGAGGCAACCUGGGUCCUGUCCCUGGCCCUCAAAGGAUUAUAUAAAACCCUGAAGGCUCACGGUUUUGAAGAGACCCACGAGACCUUUCUUCAGACGGAUUUGCUGAAGCUGCUGGUGAAAAAGUGCAGCAAAGGGACUGGUUUUAGUAAAACGUGGCUCCUCCGGGAUCUAGAGAUUUUGUCCAUCAUGCUCUACUCCUCAAAGAAGGAGAUCCAGACCUCGGCCGAGCACACAACCCUGGAGCCAGAUGAGCGAGGGGAUCAAGGGGAGGAGGCGGAAGGCAUGGUCAGCAGCCCUGGCGAGCCGGAGCAGAGGAAGCUAGAUCCUCUGGAAAGCCUGGAUGAGCCCACCAGAAUAUGUUUCUUGAUGGCACACGAUGCCCUCAAUGCCCCUCUGCACAUUCUGAGGGCCAUAUUUGAGCUGCAGAUGAAGAGGACCGAUUCUUUCUUCCUGGAGGUUCAGAAGAGGUUUGAUGGGGAUGAGCUUACCACGGACGAAAGAAUCCGGACCCUGGCUCAGAGGUGGCAGCCCAGUAGGAGCCUGAGGCUGGAGGAGCAGAGCGCCAAGGCCGUGGACACAGACAUGAUUAUCUUACCGUGUCUGUCCCGGCCCGCACGCUGUGACCAGGCCACUGCGGAGUCCAACCCCGUGACCCAGAAGCUGAUCUCCAGCACGGAGAGCGAACUGCAGCAGAGCUAAGCCCAGCAGCGCCGGAGCAAGAGCGCCGCCCUCCUGCACAAGGAGCUGAGCUGCAAGAGCAAGAGGGCCAUCCGCGAGUACCUCUUCCGCGUGAACGAGGCCACGGCCGUCCUGUAUGCCCGCCACGUGCUGGCGUCCUUGCUCGCUGAGUGGCCCGAGCACGUGCCCGUGAGCGAGGACAUCCUGGAGCUGAGCGGCCCGGCCCAUAUGACCUACAUUUUGGAUAUGUUCAUGCAGCUGGAAGAAAAGCAUCAGUGGGAGAAGAUCCUGCGCAAGGUGCUCCAGGGCUGCCGAGGGAGCAUGCUGGGGACCAUGGCCCUGGCCGCCUGCCAGUUCAUGGAGGAGCCUGGGAUGGAGGUGCAAGUGAGGGAGUCCAAACACCCGUACAACAAUAACACGAACUUUGAGGAUAAAGUCCACAUCCCUGGUGCAAUCUACCUCUCCGUCAAAUUCGACGCGCAGUGCAGCACAGAGGAGGGCUGCGACGAGCUCGCCAUGUCCAGCAGCAGUGACUUCCAGCAGGAUCGACACACUUUCAGUGGGUCUCAGCAGAAAUGGAAGGAUUUUGAGCUUCCAGGAGACACCCUGUAUUACCGCUUCACUUCCGACAUGAGCAACACUGAAUGGGGCUAUAAAUUCACCGUGACGGCUGGACACCUCGGGCGAUUCCAGACAGGGUUCGAGAUUUUGAAGCAGAUGUUGUCAGAAGAAAGAGUUGUGCCCCACCUCCCACUGUCCCAGAUCUGGGAAUGGCUGGUGGGUGUGGCUUGUCGCCAGACCGGCCAUCAGCGGUUAAAAGCCAUCCACCUGCUUCUGAGGAUUGUCCGCUGCUGCACCCACAGCGACCUCUGUGACCUCGCGCUGCUGAAGCCCCUGUGGCAGCUGUUCACCCAGAUGGAGUACAGCCUGUUGGAGGACGUGACACAGCCUGGCAUCCUCCUCCCCCUGCACCGCGCCCUCACCGAGCUCUUCUUCGUCACUGAGAACCGCGCCGAGGAGCUGGGGCUGCUGCGGGAGUACCUGCUGGCCUUAACCACCGAUGACUACCUUCUCCGCUGUGCGGCGCAGGCUCUACAGAACAUUGCUGCUAUCAGCCUGGCCAUCAACUACCCAAACAAGGCAACUCGCCUCUGGAAUGUCAAGUGUUAACCCUUGGUAUGGUGUGCAUGGAACUAGCUAAUCUGUCCCCACGGGUUUUAGAGCAGACAUCUAAACUCAUUCAGGGAAAUGCCCGUGCUGUCAGUGUCCGGCUCCCCUUGAGCUCUCCCUUCCUCGCCAGGUAGAAUGCCAAUAGCCACGCCUCCAAGAACUUGCCACGUCACAAGCUAGACGCCUGCACACCCCAUAGCAUGUGAGAAUGAGCUGUCACUCAGAAUUACUCAGGAGGGCAGGCGGGGGCCCUUGAGAAGGUUGUUCAGAGAGCAGCCUGGAAAGGGUUCCGUCUCCGUUGAGCCGGAGCCAUCUGGGGAAGGUGGCGUUCGCCCAGAGCCGUCUCCCUCAGCAAGACCUCCAGCAGCGGCGGCCUGGCCUGGGUGCUCUCCUUUUGCUCUUGCUUCUUGAGACUGGGCAGCCCAAACCAAAGCUGAUGAGCGCCCAUCCCGGCCACCACCUGGUCCCCAAGCCUUCACGCAGCUGCCCCGCAGAAGUCGUCGGUGAGAAAAGUGCCCUUGGAAACGGCCAGCAGGCCGCCCGUGCGCAUCACUCGUGCACCGGCUCCCAGCACGUCUGCGUCGAGUUGUUUUAACCUAUUCCAGUUUCCACCUCGUGUUUUUAGAGCAGAACCACAUGACUCCCUUGCAAGGCCUCAGGAGGGGCCAGCGCGACAGCCAUGCAGGGGACACGCUGUUUGU